GCGAAGGCGGUGCUUUUCCUUCCCUCCUCUCCACCGAGGAUCACAAGUAUACCAGGCGGGAUUUCGUCGCUGUUUUUGAACUACAAUUCUUAAAAAGAACUGUUAGAACCACUGCAGUUCAUAAAUAUAAAUCCGAAUUACGAUAGGUGACAUCUGUACGCCGAUUUAAGGUCAAAACGAGGGCCUGCUUCCCCUCAGACAGACAGAGGCCAUCAUGAAGCUGACGGACAAUGUGCUGCGGAGCUUCAGAGUUGCUAAGGUGUUUCGAGAAAACACAGACAAAAUUAAUUGUUUCGAUUUCAGUUCAAACGGAGAAACGAUUAUUUCCAGCAGCGACGACGACUCAUUAGUCUUAUACGACUGCCAAGAGGGAAAACCCAAGAGGACUCUCUACAGCAAAAAGUAUGGAGUGGAUCUGAUCAGGUACACACAUGCUGCAAACACUGUGGUCUACAGUUCCAACAAAAUCGAUGAUACCAUCCGGUACUUGUCCCUCCAUGACAAUAAAUACAUCCGCUACUUUCCUGGCCAUAACAAAAGAGUGACAUCUCUCUCCAUGUCUCCUGUGGACGACACAUUUAUUUCUGGCUCACUAGAUAAAACAAUCAGACUGUGGGAUUUGCGGUCGCCUAACUGUCAGGGUCUGAUGCACCUACAAGGGAAGCCAGUGUGCUCCUUUGAUCCCGAGGGUCUCAUUUUUGCUGCCGGAAUAAAUUCAGAGAUGGUUAAACUUUAUGAUCUGCGGUCGUUCGACAAGGGUCCCUUUGCGACCUUCAAGCUUCAGUAUGACCGAACAUGCGAGUGGACAGGACUCAAGUUUAGCAAUGACGGAAAACUCAUUCUUCUUUCUACAAACGGUGGAGCCCUUCGCAUCUUAGAUGCUUUUAAGGGCGCUGUGCUACAUUCCUUCGGGGUAAGAGACGACUCGUCGACAUACACA